AUAUUUAAUGACUACAAAACAGCAGGACGAUCAGUUUGUCGUCCUUCUCACUUCUACUUAGAUAUGACAUCAUACAGGUUUCUUAACAAAAAAAAAAUCAUCUGCAAAAAGCCCUCCUACCAGGCGGUCACAUGAUGGCCCCAACUCGCGUUAAAUAAAGAACUUCAGCCGCAUCAAGGCAUCCAUAAUAGGGACUAGACGUGCGAGGGCAAAGCAUCACGCGGAUUUCAUCUCUGAUCGUCUAUAUUUGUAUGUGAUUUUUCUAUGAAAGACAAGGAGGAUCUUCAAAAAUGCUAAAACUCCUUCUGUUCUUGACUGCAAACGUGGAAGUAAUCUUCGGUGCAGAGAUGAGUUUGCUGACACUCACGAGACCAGGUUUACUCAUGCAUUCAGCUGAAGUUUCAGGUCUAUCUUCCACCUGUCUAAAUGGAGGCACUUCCAUCAGCAUACCCUACCUUUUUAGCAAAAGGCGAACAAUUUGUAUCUGCCCCAGAGGCUACAGUGGCCGGAACUGUGAAAUAGAGGAGUCAGCUAACUGCCUCAUCGGCAAUGGGCAUCAGUACAGAGGACCGGCAGCGACCUCAGGAAGUGGACAGAAAUGUCUUGGUUGGAACUACGAGCACAAUCAACAAAUCUUAGGAAUGGAUGCACUGAUUCUAGGUCUUUGGAACCACAACUAUUGUAGAAAUCCGGACCACAGGGAAAGACCCUGGUGCCAUGUGAAGCGGGGACACCAGAUUGUACGGGAGUUCUGUGACAUCCCACGCUGCGGGACACCAACAGAAGCACCAAAGUGUGGACAGAGGCCCCGGAGUCUGAUGAAGAUUGUGGGGGGAAAGGUCACCACGGCGCAAUCGCAGCCGUGGAUCGCGUCGAUCUUCUGGAGACAUCAGGCUAAAAAGCACGUAUUCCUGUGUGGGGGGAACCUGAUCUCACGCUGCUGGGUUCUUACAGCAGCCCACUGCUUUCCUGACAGACCCUUGAACACUCGCCACCUCUCUGUCUUUCUUGGAAAAGAUGCUCUGAACGAGACAAACCUGGGAAAGGAGCAGAAAUUCAACGUUGAGAAAAUCAUUAUUCACCCAGGAUUUGACAAUAGUGAUGGGAGUUAUGACAAUGACAUAGCGCUGCUGAAGAUCACCACAAACAGCAGAACAUGUGCAAAGGAGACAGACUCUGUUAGGACUGUCUGUCUGCCCCCUGCCCAUUUGAUGUUGCGUCCUGGAGACUCUUGCUAUAUUGCUGGCUAUGGGAAGGAGCGGGAAGGAUUAUGGCACAACUCACAAUACCUAAGAGAGGCAAAAGUGAACAUUUUGCCUCAAGAGGUCUGCACAAGUAGAGAUUACUAUGGAAUCCUGGUGACAAAAAACAUGUUUUGUGCCGGCAGCCUUGACUGGAAGGUAGACUCAUGCAAGGGAGACUCGGGGGGGCCUCUGGUGUGUGACAGAGAUGGUCGUUUGUACCUUUUUGGUAUAGUCAGCUGGGGUGAGGGUUGCUCCAGAGAAUUCCGACCAGGGGUCUACACCAGAGUGGCAAAUUACAACAAGUGGAUCACAGAGAAUGUAGGGCUGCCCUAAGGGUCUGAGCACCGACUCAAGCAAUUCUCUUCCUCUGGCUCGUCCUGUGGGAAAGUUCACAGGCAACUGUGUGAAUGCAUAAAAAGAGCAAGGCUCUGUUCUUUAGCCAUGACAACAACAUCCCUCCACAUUCCAGGGGUACAGUCACCCGGGGGUAUAUGCUUUCGUCAAACUAGCAUUCUUUUUUUUUUACAAAUAUAAAGGUUUAGAAAGUAUUUAAUCGUCAAUUUGCUUUACCAACACCCACUUUAUACUUCUCGGAAUUUUUGACUGGAAGUUGUUAAACUUUUUAUUUUACUUGUAAACUCUCAGUGUCUCCACUGAAGUCAUUUGAUGGGUUUUCAGGAAUAAAAAAAAAGAAUUAAAUCCAAGUAAAAGAACAUCUAGUGCUUGAAAUGGAAACGUUUAAAACAAAACAGAAGAUACAAAAAAAGUAAGAAUGUCAUUGGACGCAUGCUUUUCAGUCUUUGCCUUGGCCUGCACAUCUCACCAGGCUGUCAGAGCAGGUGUUGUUACACUUGCUACAUUUAGCUGCACUAGUUACAUCUGGUUAUAUUUGUAAAACGGUUCAAUAUUUUUUAUAAUCAAUAUUUCCAAUUUGCCAUAUACAUAUUUGCUAAGGCAAAAAGGUUUUUUGUUAUCAAGGUUACAAUAUAUGGUAAUAUAUACAACAUAUAUUUCUGAUUUGUUUGGAAACAGGAUUAUUGCUUUAUUAUAUUUAAAUAUGGUUAAUUAUCUUCACAGUAAUAAACUUUUGAAUGUA